AUGCUGGUGGCCUCAAGCAAUGAGAAUCUGACUCUCGAGCAGCUCGAAGACGACAAUGCACUCAAAGAGGCCGAGGAGCUGGCAGAGAUACUCAGGAUCAAGGUGAGAUGUUUGAAAUGGGAAAAACAGCACAAAAAAGUCAGAAAUAUUUGAAUUCCCGCGAAAUGACGAGCUCCAACCGCCGAGCAAAAAAGAAUGGGCGGCGGGGAGAAUAGAGAGAGAGAGAUGGAGGGUGAGGGGAGGAAUAUAAAGUGCAGAAGCACGACUCCUUUCCCUUCACUCCACCAUUUCUCGCCAUGACGUUCUCCGAAUCGGCAGUUAUUGAGCAUCUGGAAUCCGAAGAAUCGGAACUCGAUUUCUGGUUCCAGGAACAAAUAACAAGAAAGGUAGCGUCUCUCCCUCUCCGGUUCCCCCAUUCUGGUCGUUUUGAAGCAUUCGUCACCACCGGAAAUUGGCUUGAUUAGGUCUUGAAAAAAAAAGACGCUGAGAGGGACCGCCCCGUCAAUUAUUACUCUUUCUCUGCUCGCGCACACUCACAUACAUACAUAAGAGGGCUUCGUUUCCAUCCAGCCCGCCCGUUCGUUUCCUCGUCGUUUUUUGGGCGACAGCGACAGCAACCGCCUUUCAUUUUCGCUCUUCUUGCUUUCUCGCGCGCACAAAACGACAAUAUGAUUUCUGUUGGCGAGAACGAGCUCACCGUUUCGACUGUGGUGAGUUUGCAUCGGAAACGCGAAAAGAACUCAUGUCAUCACUAACUAUCACUUUACUUUUCCCACUUUCAGAUCGAAGUGUGCAUCUACAUCCUCGUCUUUCUGAUCGGCGGUCCUUUGAACGUGAUGACUCUCUACCGCUCGCUGCAGUCGUUCAGUCGAGCGCACAAAGCAAAGAGCCAGAUCCUUCUACUGCGGAUAACCCUCAACCUCGCCGAUCUCAUGACCCUCUUCCUCUACGUUCCCAAACAAGUCAUCUGGCUGAUCACGUAUCAAUGGUACGGCGGAGAGUUUCUUUGCCGCGCGUGCGCAUUCUUCUCCACUUUCUCGUUCUAUCUCAACUCUUUUGUGAUCGCUUGCAUCGCAAUCGAUCGAGUCUUCGGAGCCUACAAUAUCAGUUCGCUGAAUGCUCACCGCAAAGCGUACAUCAGAUGUCGGAACCUUCUCGGCAUCGGAUGGGUCGCCGCCUUCAUUCUUUCUCUGCCUCAAGCCGUCGUGUUCACCACCACAAGCCCCUAUGAGAACAUUGAUUUCAAGUGAGAAAACGUCGAUUUUCAAAUACUAAUUGACACUUUUUGCAGACAAUGCGCCACCAUCUUCAUGAUCUUCUUGCACGAGAAGCGGAUGGAGUAUCAGGAUCCGGCGACGACGGACGCGCGGCGAAUGGAGAUUGACGAGGAGGCGACAAUGAUGCAGAGAUGGGAGAAGAUGUACGCCAUCAACCACUUCCUCUUCGUCUUCUGGAUUCCGUGCAUCGUCAUUGUGUUCAGCUACGCCGUCGUUUUGCUCAUUCUUCAGGGCCAUCUCAGGCAAGGUAGCGUCGGCGAGAGACGAGCCAAAUUAGCACAAUUAUCUGUUUUUCUAUUACAGAGAGAAGUCCGCAGAUGUGUUUCAAGUUUCGAGUGAAUACGUCGGACUCUGCGCUCAAUGAGUCACAAUCCACUGCGACGAGGUCGCCCACCCGAUCCACGUACUUGCUCACGCAAGAGGAGUCGUUCGCACUUCGAAGCAGCAACAGUAAGGAGAACAUUGCGCACUACGAGUUCGAAUCGCAUCACACGCGGCAGGGAUCGAUCAAGAGCAAAGUUUCGAACGGCGGAACAAAGUUCGGCGCGAUGGCAGUCACGACGAUCCACCGGGCGAAGCAGCACGCGAAACGGCAGGCCGCCCUCAUCAUCGUCGCUUACUUGUGCAUCUGGAGCCCGUAUAAUUUCUUCACAGUGCUCAAUCUGUUCGGAGUUCCGAUUAUGGAAGAGCUCCGACACUUUCUCAGCUUUUUGAACGCGGCGAUUUGUGUGAAUACCGUGGUGAACCCAAUCAUUUACGGAGUGUUUCGCCCGCCGAAAAAGUGA